AGUCGGCCAAAAAUCGGCAUUCACGUGUAAAAGAAGAAAUCAACGACCUUUCUUUUGACACGUCAAAAGUACUUCUUCCCUAGCCCUUGGAUCUGUUUAAAUAUCAGUCAACGGGGUCCGUUUUCCUUAGCUAAUUUACAUACACACCCAAAUAAAUAAAUAAAAAAUCAUAAAUAAUAAUAGCUGCAAAAUUCCCAAAUAUCGCAUUUUGUUUGAAGAACUCCCAAAAAAAAAAAAAAUCAAAAUUAAAUUAAAAAAGUAGGUGGUGCUCCUGCUAGUAAAAGAAAUCCCAGAAUCUUUGAUUUUUAUUUUUAUUUUAUUUUUGUUAAUUUUUGGGUUUGAGAUAUUCAAUUUGAAGGAGGAGAAAGGGGAGGAGAAAGAGUAUAUAAAUACCCCGUGAAAUUCUGAAAAGAGGUUUUAGUUUUUGGUGGUAUUGAAAUCCAGUAAGUGGUUUUGGAGCUGGAAAUUGAGUGGUUUUCCGAGCGGUUUUAGGGCAUGGGGAGGUCCGGCCAUGGUAUACGGAGUUAUUCGGUUAACUCUAAUGACUAUAAGCUUCUAGAAGAAAUUGGAUUUGGUGCAAGUGCGACGGUUUUCCGAGCGAUCUAUCUUCCGUAUAAUGAGGUCGUUGCUAUCAAGUGUUUGGAUCUUGAUCGAUGCAAUAGUAAUUUGGAUGACAUUAGAAGGGAGGCACAAAUGAUGAGUCUGAUUGAUCAUCCAAAUGUAGUCAGAGCUUUUUGUUCAUUUGUUGUGGAUCGAAAUCUGUGGGUUGUUAUGCCAUUCAUGGCCGAAGGUUCUUGUCUACACCUGAUGAAGACAGCUUACCCAGAUGGCUUUGAGGAACCUGUGAUUUGCUCUAUAUUGAAAGAAACUUUGAAGGCUUUGGAGUAUCUCCAUCAACAUGGACAUAUUCAUCGUGAUGUUAAGGCUGGAAACAUUCUACUUGAUACUAAUGGACUUGUGAAGCUUGCUGAUUUUGGCGUUUCUGCUUGCAUGUUCGAUAGUGGUGAUAGGCAGCGGUCAAGAAAUACAUUUGUUGGAACUCCAUGCUGGAUGGCCCCUGAGGUGUUGCAACCAGGAAGUGGAUAUAACUUCAAGGCUGACAUAUGGUCAUUUGGAAUAACUGCACUUGAGUUAGCUCAUGGUCAUGCACCCUUCUCAAAAUAUCCUCCAAUGAAGGUUUUGCUUAUGACUAUACAGAACGCUCCACCAGGACUUGAUUACGAUCGUGAUAAAAAAUUCUCAAAGUCUUUUAAAGAAAUGGUUGCAAUGUGCCUGGUGAAAGAUCAAGCAAAGCGACCAACUGCUGAGAAGCUACUCAAGCAUUCUUUCUUUAAGCAUGCCAAGCCACCUGAGCUUUCUGUGAAGAAACUGUUAGCAGACUUGCCACCAUUAUGGGAUCGUGUGAAAGCCCUGCAGCUUAGAGAUGCUGCUCAGCUUGCUUUGAAGAGAAUGCCCUCAGCAGAGCAAGAGGCUAUAUCACAGAAUGAAUACAAGAGAGGUGUAAGUGCAUGGAACUUUGAUAUUGAGGACUUGAAAGCACAGGCUGCGCUGGUGCAAGAUGAUGAGGAUCUGUCAGAAAUUAAGGAAGCUGAUGAAAGUGUAAAAUAUGCUCAUAACAGUAAGGACGCAUCAGACUUAGGAUCUGUUUCAGGAAAAUGUAUUCCAUCAAACAAUUUUGUUCGCAGAAAUCAAGGUUAUGCUGAUGAGGCCGCUGUUAUGCUAACUGAAGAUGCCAUGUGUAAAACCGGAACUGGAACCGAGUUUGAUGUUGGUAGUCAUGGUAAAAAUAUUCUAGAGAAAGAUGGAGCAGAUCAUGGGUCGGGAGCACCUGCGUGUGAGAUAGACUCAGUACAAGUAAAGGCUAAUUCUCAAUUAGUGAAAGGUCGUCAAAGUCAGAGUGGGCCACUCGUGCCUGGAAAUGUGGUAGGACAGACAUCCAUAGAAAGGGGUCGUUUUUGUGAAAGGCCUGAGAAUGAAAGUCAAUAUAUAGCGGAGAAAAGUAACCGUGGUUCACGCAGGGCACCAAGCUUUAGUGGCCCACUUAUGUUACCAACACGAGCUUCAGCAAAUAGCUUGUCAGCACCGAUUAAACCUUCAGGAGGAUACAGAGAAUCUUUAGAAGAAAAAUCGAAGGCGAAUUUGGUUCAAAUAAAGGGCCGCUUCUCCGUAACAUCAGAAAGUUUAGAUGUUGUUAAGGAUAUGACAUCAUCUUCUUCUGCUCGGAGAUCAUCACAGGGAUCGCCUUUGAGAAAGUCAGCAAGUGUUGGCGAUUGGAUUUCUGAAUCAAAGCAGACCAUAACCCGUCAACCUUCUGGAGACAUAAGCAGUGCUAAUGUGUCUGCAUCUCUUCUCUUGCCUCACCUUCAAAAUCUCUUUCAACAGACUGCAAUCCAGCAGGAUCUGAUAUCAAGCUUGUUAAAUAGCUUGCAAUCAACUGAAGUUGAAGGUUCUCAAAAUGGAAGGCCUCCAACAGUGCCACUAUCAGGAAGUCCAGAAAAUGGAAGUGCUGAGACAGUCGCUUCAGAAAGGGAACGAUUACUUCUUAAUAAGAUAUCGGACCUUCAAGCCAGGAUGGCUAGUUUGUCUGAAGAAUUAAAUGCCGAAAAACACAAAUAUGUGCUGUUGCAACAACAGCUAUCUGCAGUCUCCAGUCAAGAAGACGAAGACAGUAUCGAAGUGGAUACUUGAGGAAGCAACGUUAGUUUCUUGUACAGUGCGAGUAUAGUGUAUAUUCAGGUAAUAGGUCUUGAGCUCACAAACCUAUCCUUUGGCAUGCUACAAGAGUAACUCAAGCUGGUGCCUUGUUUUGGUGAAUAUAAAGAGAAAAUAGCUGCCGGUCCUCCUAUCUGGGUCUGGUUUCCAUCCUUAGCUUAAGUAUUGUAUCCGAGCUGCUUUUUCACAGAUCCCUUGGCUUCUUGGAAAAGGAAUGAUGACGACGACAAAUGAUGAUAACUAAAAUUGUAUUCUUGAUUUAUUUGUUCAAGGGAUCUACAAGAAGCUGAUUCUGUUGAGUCUCAGUCUGAGAGGAGUGUGUAUAGGCUGUUUCAAAUACUCGGGGGUUGGCAUUGAUUUGUAUUUUAUUAAAAUUCUAUUUAUUUUUUCUUCAAUGGUUUGAGUAGAGCACCAUAUCGAAUGCAUAGGAAAUUAGAAUAAGUUUAUGUGUAUCUUUAUUUUAUAUGGAAAUUCUACCUACAACAUUGUAGCUUUUUUGACAAUUCUAUAUGGUACGAGAGAGAGAGAGAGAGAGAGACAGAUA